AUCUAAUCGUCUCCACUCGUUCGUUAGCAUAAUUUUUCCGUUAACACCUGACCGCGCCCCCUUCCCUUCUCCCUCGAUCAUCUUUCGAUAUGCAAAUGAAAGGAAUACGGUGUGACUUACAUAUUGUCAAGCGGACAUCGCGUCGCGAAAACAUUUAUUGAAACUCCGUAGCUUGGCUUGCAACUAGAGAAACAGACGCACAUGUCACACAAGGCAUUUUUAUCAUUGACAGUGUAUGCCUGAAUAACAGAGUUUGGUACAAGUUAUAAAAAUAAUAACUCAGGCGUCGCUGAUAUAACUGAAAUACGAACAAUCUAUUCGUGGUUCUCAGCUGACGAUCAUCGGCAUUUAAUCAGUAACUGCGCGACUGCUUCGCUCGCACGAACUAUUCUGGUGAGCUCGUAUACAAUGCAGUUGUAUUUGUUUUUGCUGUUGCUUUAUUCUGAGUAGAAAUCUGUUUGAUGUACGCAAACACAUUUAUCAUACUACGCAUACUAGUCGCUUUGCAUGCUGGUCAAUAUCAUCAUUCGAAAAACGAGUAUAUCGACUUAAGAGGCUUACAGGCUGAUUUUGAGUAAAUAAUGAAUAAACCGACUGUGGGGAAAAGGACGCAAUGGAAGCAAUGGGCAGCUGGAAUUACAGCCACCAUGAGCAUGGUUUGCGCUGGGACUGUCUACGGAUGGGCGACAACCAAUCUCUCUAGGUUGAUGGAUAAGGAUUCUCACAUCGUUAUUACGUCGGACCAGAGUUCUUGGAUAGUGUCAUUGACAGGAAUCGGUUCGAUGAUUGGACCCUUCAUCGGAGCAGCCUGCGCCGAUACGUUCGGCCGAAAAAGGACACUUCUAUUGACAAGUUUGCUAUACGGAGUCGGCUGGCUGAUCGAUAUAUUUGCAACUAAAGUGGAAGAGCUGUACAUCGCUCGCGUGAUUCUAGGGACUGGGAUCGGAAUUUCCUACACGACAAAUCCCAUGUACGUCUCGGAGAUCGCCGACGUCAACAUCAAGGGCGCCCUCGGUACUUUGAUUGCAGUGAACGUAUUUACCGGGUCAGUUUUCACCUGCAGUUUAGGACCGUUCGUGGCGAUAAGAACCCUUUCCAUAGUUCUCUUCCUGAUACCGAUUCUCUUUCUGUGUCUGUUCGCCUGGUUCCCCGAGACUCCCUACUUCCUGGCCUCGAAGAAGAGGUACGUCGAGGCGGCUAAGUCACUGUCGUUUUUCAAAGGAAUAACGGACAACCAAGAAGCAAAGAAUGAACUCGAAGCAGUGAUACUGAGCAUAGAGAAGAACUCGACCACUCAAAAGUGGACGACCAAAUUCCGGGAAAUGUUACGUCCGAACAAUCGCAAGGCACUCGGUAUCGUCGUUUCCCUUAUCAUCGCCCAAUUGAUGAGCGGCAAUUACACGACCAUGGCGUACUUGGAGGUACUUUUCCAAUCAGCGAAUAUCGGUAUCAACACAAACUUGGCAACUGUGAUAGUCUUGGUGAUGGGACUUUUAUCCUGUGCUCUUGCUACCGUCACUGUGGAAAAAGUUGGAUGCAGACCGUUGCUCAUGACCUCAACAUUGGGAGCAUCCGUCACCUUGGCGGUAUUGGCGAGCUACCUCAUCGCCGAUCGGAACGGCUUUAACGUGACAUCGGUAAACUGGCUUCCGGUCGUCACCAUCAUUCUUUUCCAGCUCGUCUAUCAGCUCGGGCUUGGCGCGAUUCCUGAUGCCCUCAUCGGCCAGCUGUUUCCGAAUAAUGUUAAAAGUAUCGGCAGUGCCAUAGUUACCAUUUCGGACGGGGUUUUUGGUCUUGUUGUUGCCAAGUUGUAUCAAGUGAUCGGAGAUGCCGUGGGUGAAUACGUUGUGUACUAUAUAUUUUCCGCUGCCUGCUUCCUGGCCUUCCUAUUUGCAUUUGUCUUCAUACCGGAAACGAAGAAUAAGGAGUUUGAAGAAAUCCAACAAGAUUUGGCUGUCAGCAGACUUCACUGCUGUAGGAGGUGAAAUGAAUCUGUUUUAAAGAACAUUUGUCGUGCGACGUGAAGGGACACUUUUUUCAGUACUUAUUCGAAAGCUUGCGUUUGUCGUGAGGUACAUUAAGCUAUUGGUCACUGUGCAUUAUAGGAAGAGGAUGGAAAAUAUCAAUGUAACCACCUGGAAAACGGAGGUGAUUGUAGAUAAUUCUUCGAUCCCAAGACAAAGCAAUAACAUUUUUACACAAAGUUUACUCUUGGGAAGAUUGCACCAUCCGAAUUUAUCGAGCAGGAAAUGCUGUGAGUCCAUACUGAUUAUGACAUUAGCGCAACUCCGCAAACCAGGUACGGGUAUGUGCUACGCUAAGGGUAACGUGUAAUUAUGCUAACGAGGCGUGAUGAUAUCAAUUACCGCAUAAAACUGGUGCGUGCUGACAGCCACCUUCUAACUCCUGCAGAGUAUUCCAGCAUUUGCAGAUCCCAACGUUGCUAAAUAUCAUUCUACGUACACGGAUAUGGCAAACGCUUCUAUAAACCAAACGAGCAGAUCAUUUCCGUUUUCGAACGUUACCACGUAUAAUCUACGUUGAAAGUUGCAAGUUUCAAUCUUGUAUACGAUGUUGUGAUGGUUUCUCAUGGUCAGAAAUUAUAAAAGGUGUAAGAAAUGCUUUUGAAACCUACAUCAGUUGACGCCAUGUUAUGCUGACUAGGUUGUUAGCUGUUUCGGUUUAAUGGCAGGUACAUAACGUGGGUUUCGUGAGUUUUGCAAUGUACAAUGAGUAAUUUUUGCAAGAUGAGCGUUGAAGAUUGGUCUUUCCGCGUUCAGAUAAGACUUUGUUCUCCUCAGUUUAUGAGACGGCAGCAGUGCGAAAUAAUAAUUUAUGAAGACACCA